UCAUGUUUAUUUCUCAUAUUUCAGGUAACAAGACAAAAGAGGGAGUGGUGUCAGGCGUAAACACAGUUGCCCAGAGGACCACAGACCAGGCGAAUAUUGUCGGUGAAACAGCGGUAGGCAGCACUAAUGAAGUUGGACAGAAGACCGUAGAGGGGCUGGAGAAUGUGGCUGCAUCAACCGGCCUGGUCAACCCGGAUGAGGCUUUAUAUGAGGGUGACUUCUCUCAUGGGGGCAUGGAAGGAGGAGACGGUGGAGAGGGUUAUUAGUCCAGAGGCCUGAAGCUGAAACGGUCCCCUCUCUUCCCCCCUGAGUUUCUGCUCCAAAGCCUCACCCCUUCCAGACUCCAGAUGUUGCUGAUAUUUUUUUGUGACUGUAUGGAAAACCAGAGUUGAAAAAGACUUUCCCUGAGCCCUGUAGCCGUUAGAUGUGUGACGCUUCCCCUCCUCUCCAUCUGUGGUGUCGUCAUGCUGUUCUCUAGUGUUACUGUCAUUCCUCUUCCCAUCCACACCUCAUCUAAAACAAACACACACACACACACACUCAUACAUACACACAAAAUGAAGCCCAGAGGCUGAUAUCAGAGGUUGAGGUGGUCUUUUAGGAACAUGGCUGGGGGAAAAAAGAAACCUGCAUGACCAUUAAUGUAAGAAAAGCAAUACAUCUCAUUUCAUCAGGGCAUGUAGCAAAGUGCGUCUGGAUCUUUGUGAGAUCGUAGCCAUGUUUCAAUUUAUUUAGUCUUGAAAAUGCUGCAAUGUACGCAAUGACAAGUUGUAUGUACAUCAAGAGAUACAUUACAUUCCUUUAGUUCAGUAUGUGUGCAGAAUAUAGUUACUGUGUGCUUGACCAAUAGACUUAUCGUGUGAUUUGUUAGAGUAAGAACAAAUAUGUUUAUUCACAAAAUGUGAACACAUACUGUAUACAUAGAUACUGUAAAACAAAAAACGAUUAUCCGUAUUGUUGUAGCUGUGCUAGACUUGCAUUUUUUCAUUAGUUUAUACACAUGAGAUUUGGUUCCAGUUGGGACAAGGAGUCUUUCGAUGUUAUAGGAAGAGAUCAAAUCUUCAAACACAUCCUGUUUUGUCCUGAUUUUGUUGCGAUGCAUGUGAAGUCGGUGCGCGAUCAUGAAUUUGUCAUGCCCGCAAUGUAAAAGCAAUACUACAGCACCAUUGCAAAGUUUGUUAUUUGUCUGUUCUGUAGCACUGUGCUAUGCUGAUUCUAGGCACUGUGUUUUACCAAGGGAAUGCUAAGAAGUGUAGAUCUGACUGUCUUCAUCUUCAUUUAGCCUUGCCAUCAUGGCCACCCAAACCCCAUCCCUGUCCUGUCACUCAACGGUGUGUUCAGAUCCACCCCAGGCUCGUGUCUGCUGUAGGUAACUAGGACAAAGCUAUCAAACAUUGCAGUUUGUUCUUUCUUUGAAGCCACAAAAAACUGAAGACUGCAUGUUGCCUUAUCAGCACUCCUGUAUUCACUUAUACACACACUCACACACAUAUAGACACACACAUACACAUAAAGCUGAUAAAAACACA